UAAACUGUGCAGCAGAAUGUCUUAUUGUGGGAAGAAGAACAUACAGAACACUGUAAUGUACAAUGGCAUAGUGCUCCACUCAUUGAACAGAGUGGACAGAUUGAGUCAAUCAGCGAAUGUGAACCGAUCCAAGACACUGCAGGAUGUCUAUGUGCAAACUACGAGAUCACCAAGAAAUGCUCAACAACAGACGUAUGAGAGCGACGACGAAUACGAAUACUACGAUCUACCUGAUCUUAAGAUGAACGACAGGCUUUAUUUCAAGGGCGUCACUGAAAAUCAGAAGAAAGUGAUUGGGGACAACUUGCGUCUGAAGGAGAAGACAUUGACCCCUGCCAAGUGGAGGAUGAAAACAGUGGAGGAUAAGUUACGUCACAGUUGGGGCAGGAGAGACUUGCCCAGUCAUGAAUGGACUGGGUUCAACAAGGGGGACAGAAAAUUGUCUGCUGUCAAAAGAAGCAAAUCGAUGUUGGACGUUCGUCGAUCUCAACCAAACCGACCCUCUCGCUCGGCUCUUCAAGCCGACCUGAAAUUCGCCCACCGAGUGUUGCCGAAUGAGUUCGUCAUUUCACCCGAAUGGAACUCGGAAUUCGUUCACAAGGGAAAGCCGAGACCAGGAGAGUCGUUCGUUAAAGCGAUCAUACCUCAGCGUGACUUUAGUGUGAAUUAAAUUGUUCUAUCGAAGUGUUCUUGAGCUUAAAUUGUGAGCUCAAAAAAGUGUUUUAACAGCUCAAUAACUUUACAAAGUACCAGUAUUUUGCAGAUUAAAAUUAAUUU